AUGGCCACAUCUCUUUUCUCCAGCCUCAGAGGCUACACGUACAAGACCAUCCCAUACAAAUCUACCCCCCAUGGCGACAUCGUUCUUGAUGUCGUGUACCCGGAAGAAGCCGAUGAUUCCCCGACGACUGUUCUCAUUCACAUCCAUGGUGGAUUUCUCAUUGUUGGGGACAGAUACAGUUUUGCCCCAUACUGGCUGGUCAACGCUGUGACCACGCGGAAAUGGAUCUUCGCGAGCCCUGACUAUCGUCUUGUCCCAGAAUCUACCGCCCAUGCAUCGCUUGACGAUUCCAUCGAUGCGUACAAAUGGGUGCGCUCGUCACUCUCUGACGCGAUUGGACGCCCUAUUGGACCUGUCUUGCUGGCUGGUUCUAGCGCUGGUGGUUAUCUCGCACUGACGACUGCAAAUGCCGUUGAACACAAACCAGAUGCGCUGUUGCUCAUCUACGGAAUGCUUGAUGCAGCUGGUCCGAGAUAUACGACUCCUGGGACGAAUAUCUGGGGCGCACCGCCUUUCGAUACCACGUCGGUGUUGAGCCAGUUUCCGAGGACGAAGGAAAACGAUGAUCGAAAGGCCAUAUCUGGGUAUCCCCCGCCCGAGAACUUCCAGCAAGACCCACGAUUCCAAGUUGCGUCAGCUCUUCACAUCGACGCCCUCUUCCCUGACUACAUGACCGGUGUUGAAGGCCUAAGCCGCGAAAUCGCCAGCAAGGGCAUUGAUGCCAUCCCCGAAGAACACCGACGGUUGUUUCCUCUUUCUUUCGGUGAUCUUGCCAAGAUUCCCCGCACGUUCUUGCUCCACGGCGUCAACGACUCUGCUGUUACAGUGGACUGCAGUAUCGUAGCUGAGAAGAAGCUUCGUGAAGCGGGUGUUGAGGUUGAAAAGGACUUUCCGGAGGAUGCGGAGCAUGGAUUCGAUGGUAGAAUCGGAAAUGUUGAUGUCGAGAAGGGGGAGGCGGAUGGGAUUCCCAAUAUCGAGAGUUUGAGAAACGCCAUUCGCUUCCUUGACUCCUCCGUUAAGAACUAG